AAGCAGCGCAGCCCGCCGCCCGGGCGGGGCCGGGACGGCGCCCCGUCGGCGCUGCCGAGAGGGGCGCCCCGCGGCGCGCGCCCCUUGGGGGCCGCUGCGCCAGGCCCCGCAGCGAUGGCCGACGCCUGGCCAAACUGGGCGAAGGUGGAGGAGCUUGUGAGCAAACAACAAUUUGCCUCGGGUGCCUCCGAGUUCAACGCGAUCAAGAAGAAGGUCUCGAAGGCCAGCCCGGACGAGAUCGCCAGCGUGUCGCUCCAGGCGCCGACCGUGUGGGCUUUUUUGUUGGGCUUCGCGGCCGCCAAGAAGAUGUACAAGAACCAGAUCAUACAGGUCAUCAACAAGCUGACGCAGGUGCCCGAGUGGGUGGCGGCCUGGGAGGCCUCGCCCGAGCUCCACGAGAAAAUCAAGGAACUCCACGAGGACCUCCAGGCCGCGCUCGGCGCCCAGCACGACGCCCUCAAGAGCUCGAUCACGCCGCAGGCGAUGCAGUCCGUGGUCCGCGCCGAGGACACGCCCGCAGAGGUCAGCAAGGCGGCCGAGCGCGAGAGGAUAGUGGACGAGAUCAAGGACUCCGUCCUGGCGACCUCGGCCGCUUCCCCGGGCACUGCGCCCGAGGACGCCCCGUUCUCCCACGCGGCCGGCGCGCCCGCCGCGGACGGCGCGCCCGCGGAGGAGGCGGAGGAGGCGGAGGAGAAGCCGCAGGUUCCGCCGGAGCUCGCGGCCCUGCAGGACGGCAUCGACGCCGCCCUGGUCCCCGGCGGCGGGGCCUGCGAGCUGGGCAGACUGAGAAUAGGCGUCAUCCAGUGCGCCGGCCGGGAGGAGUUCUUCCAGCGCGAGAGCGGCCACGCCCACGAGGUCUUCGCUUUCCUGCUCGGCUGCGCGCGGGACAGGCCAGCGGAGGUGCACCACGUCGCGGAGGCGAUGAACCAGCUGGCGGGCAGCCCGAGCUGGUGCGCGGUGCUGGAGGCCUCCCCGGUCCUGCGGGAGGCGCUGCAGGAGCUGCCCGUUGAAGCCCAGGCCGCGCUGGGCCUGCAGCACGAGAAGGUGAUGGCCCUCAUAAGCGACAAGGCCCGCGAGAAGGCCACUGGCGGCGACGUGUCGGAGGAGGUCAAGUCUGUGGCCGUCAGCAUGGAGCGCAUCCGCAGCAUCCGGCCGGCCGAGAAGCUGCCCGACCCCGAGCCCGAGCCCCCCAAGCCCGCGGAGGAGUGGAAGGAGGCCAGGACGCCCGAGGGCCACAGCUACUACUUCAACGUGCGGACCAAGGAGUCCACGUGGGUGCGUCCUGCGGCACUCGGUGGUCCUCACGAGUACAAGGUCGGCGAGGAGGUGGAGGUGUGGAGCAACUCGCAGCGCGUGUGGGGCCCUGGGAAGGUCGAGAGCGUGGAAGGCGGCACCAUCACCGCGUCCUUCACCAUGCCCGGCGGGAGCGUCGCGAAGAAGGAGCUGCCCGCCUCCCACAAGGACCUGCGGCCCGUCGGCACGAGCGGGCUGUCCGACGAGGAGAAGGUCGCAUACAAGGAGCUCUUCGACGCCGUCGAAGGUGGAGCCGAUGCUAAGGGUGCCAAGGCUGUGGCUGCGCUGCUCCGCAAGUCAGGGCUCACGGACAAGCAGCUCGCGCAGCUGUGGACGGUGGGCAACCCACAGAACAGGUCGGAACUCAACCUGCGCGAGUUUUCCCUGUGCUGCCGGCUGGUAGCGCACUGCCAGCCCGACGGGCGAGGCGCUGGGCGACGCGCCCGUGGUGGUCCAGGCGGAGCGGGACCUGCGCGUGAAGCUGCGGUCGGAGUGCGCGGACAAGCGCCCCCCCGCGCUGCCCCGCUUCGAGUCCUGAGAUCGCCCCCGGGGGGGGCGGGCGCUCCGGCGCGGGCCGGGGAGAAGGAGAGGAGGAGGCGGCAGUGUGGGUUGCGUCAGGCAUGGAGUGUAGUCUAGGUGCGGAUGUCGGCCUACGGGCAAGACCAGCUUCUCCAAAAGGAUUUGGCCGCCUGCGCCGCAUGCGCAA